AUGGUGGACAAUUCCGGUAGCAGCAAGGCGCAAAUGCCCAGCUUGUCCCAGGAGGGCGGCCUGGGGAGCGGGCUCAGCCAGGGGGCGGCGGCGGCGGCGGCGGCGGGGGUGAAGCUGGAGGCGGUGAUGGAGCAGCUGCAGCGGCAGCAGCAGGCUAGGCUGGAGAUGGAGCGCAAGGAGAGGCACCUGCGCGAGGCACACAUCAUGUACGCCCAGCAGGUGGCCGCCCAGCAGGCCAUCCUGGCCGCCGCCCGGGCCUCGGGGGCCCCGCUGGGGGCCGGCUUCCCGGGCAAGGGCCUGGGAGGCGGGGCCCCGGGGGGCGGACAGCAGAGCAGGGUCUCCAACCAGAGCAGCGUGGACUCGGAGCGCGAGGACGAGGAGGACCGCGGCCGGGACUCAGAGGAGGAGGAGGACGAAGAGGAGGAGAUGAUGAUGGAGGGCGAGGAGGGGAGCGAGGAGGAGGACGAGGAGGGAGGCGCCGGGGGGCUGGAGUACCUCCGCAAGCAGACGCUCGCCCUCCAGCGGGGCGCCUCGCGGCUGCACCCCCGCCCCUACCCGCCGUUCUCCGCCUCUCUGUCCGCCCCGGCCCCCCAGCGGGCCCCCUCCCCCCCUGUCAGGGUGAAACAGGAGCCGGAGGAGGAGAACGAAUCUCCGGCGGGACCCCACUCGUCCUCCUCGCCCAACGGACAGGCCGACUGGGGCUACGACGAGCAGUUCAAGCAGAAUGGUGGUUCCUCCUGGGCAGACGAAGCAGACGGGGGUAGAGGCAGAGGAGAGGCAUCCAGAGACUUCGCCAAGCUGUAUGAGCUGGACAGUGACCCAAACCGGAAGGAGUUCCUUGAUGACCUCUUCACCUACAUGCAGAAAAGAGGAACCCCGGUGAACAGGAUCCCCAUCAUGGCCAAGCAGGUGCUGGACCUGUACAUGCUCUACAAGCUGGUGACGGAGAAGGGGGGGCUGGUGGAGGUCAUCAACAAGAAGAUCUGGAGGGAGAUCACCAAGGGCCUCAACCUGCCCACCUCCAUCACCAGCGCCGCCUUCACGCUGCGCACGCAGUACAUGAAGUACCUGUACCCGUACGAGUGCGAGCGCAUGGGGCUGAGCUCCCCCGGCGAGCUGCAGGCCGCCAUCGACAGCAACCGGCGCGAGGGCCGCCGCCCCAGCUACAGCACCAGCCUGUUCCGCUUCUCUCCCUCGCCCAGCGCCGCGCCCCACAUCCUCUCCCCGCCCAAGAUGCACCUGCCCUCGCUGGCGGGCGCGGCGGCCGUCGCCCACAACGGGCUCCAGGCCUCGCCCGGGCCCUCCCUGAAGAAAGCCGCAGGUGGGCACGAGAUUCGGGCUUCACUGCUGUCGAGCAGGCUGCCCAUGGCCCUGGCGCUGGGCCACCAGCAGGUGGCGGGCUUGGCACGGGCGGCCACCCUGGAGCAGCUGCGGGAGAAGCUGGAGACGGGCGUGGCCGACGGGCCCGAGAGGAAGAUGGCGCGGCUGGCGGAGGAGCAGCAGCGCCUCAUGCAGCAGGCCUUCCAGCAGAACCUGCUGGCCAUGGCGUCCCAGGUCCCCGCCAACCUGCGUCUCGGCGCUGCCCGUGAAGACAAGCAGGACUUGGCCCUGACCAUCUCCACUAGCGGAGCCACCAGUAUCAGUGUGUCAGUGGAGGUCAACGGCAUACUUUACUCAGGAAUGUUGUAUGCCCAGAAGUCUGCAGGAGCAGCAGCAGCAGCCGCAGCAGCAGCAUCUGCCACAGUACCCCCUGCUGGCCCUAGCGGAGGGUUCGGGAUCCUCUCCUCCGCCCACAGCCCGAGCCCCCCCACCUCAUCCUCCAAGGGCCCCAGCUCUGCUGAGCUGUCCACCAGCGGCUCGCCCUAG